AUGGUUCAUCGGGAACAAGCAGAGACGCUAAACACGCUCGCUGUCAACGUAAAUCAGAACGAAUCGCAUGUUUCGGACUUUUAUUACGCCGUUCAGAUAAGCGUUUGUCUACUGAAACCAUUCGGUGCUUGGCCGUUGGCCAAUGAUGAGACGUCGAAGUUCAAGAUCGUUUUGCACAGGGCAUCGAUGGUGAUCGCCACGUUCCUCCUGAUUUUCAUCAUCGCGCCGAUGAUGGUGUACAUGAUGGAAGAAAAGGACGUCUUCCUGAUAAUCCAUAUAAUGUGUGAGCUACUCUUCACUCUAAUGGCUUUCGCAAAAUAUGUUUUGCUGCUCUGGCAUCAGGAUCGGCUCAGGUUCUGCAUUGACCACGUAGCCAACGACUGGCGAUAUGCGAUAAUUUCCAAGGAACGUGAUAUCAUGUUGGCGAACGCAAGAGUCGGUCGCACCUUCGGCAUCACUUCCGUGGUUUUCAUGUUUAGCUGCGGCACGCUGUAUUACUUACAGCCUAUAGUCACGCCGAACUUAGUCAAUGAAGACAAUGUUACAGUAAAAUUGCAUCCAUCGGCCUGCGAGUUUCUUGUGUUUGAUUCUAAGGUUAGUCCUGUAUACGAGAUCGUGUACUUCUUACAACUUUUGUCCGGUUUCACUGCCUACAGUGCAUUCUGUGGCAUUUGCAGCUUGAUGGCCAAUUUCGUUGCGCAUGUAUGCGGUCAGUGCGACGUGUUAAUGUCGCUUUUAGAGGAGCUCGUAGACGGUGGUAAACACAAUAGCGGGUCCAUCGACGAUAGAAUUGCUGUUGUGAUAACCCGACAUUUGCAUCUACUAAGAUUCGUGUCUGACAUAAGGAGCUUAUUUACCGAGAUAUGUCUCGUGGAGUUCAUGAAUGCUUCAUGUAACAUAUGUCUAAUGGGCUAUAUCAUUAUAACUGAUAUGAACAAUAAUGAAUCGUUCGUGCAGAUUUUUAUGUAUUUCUUCGGACUCGUGUCGGUCAUUUUCAAUGUGUUCAUGUUUUGCUACAUUGGAGAUUUGCUCAAAGAGCGUUGCCAGCAGGUAGGAGCUAUUUGUUACACGAUCGAGUGGUAUCGAAUGCCAUCCAAGAAGACGAUUGAUUUGUUAAUGCCGAUCGCAAUGUCUCGAUACCCCGCGACUCUCACAGCUGGAAAGAUGUUAACGAUGACACUUACCACGUUCUCUGACGUGAGUAAUACCGCUUCGUGCUCUAAAUGCGAGGUCAAUUAA